AUGGAAGCCCACACGUUGCAACAAUGUCCAUUACGCUCCACAGCAUGGCUGACGGUGGAUCAUCGGAAUAAGGUCAAUUUCUGCAGUUCAGAAAUAAUGGCUCACCUUGGAUUCGAUCCUAUGCACAAUUCCAUCGACGAUCUGUGGCAAAAGCAAGAGAACCCUGACUCUUCGACAGCCGAAUCUUCAAAUACGUUUAUGGUGCGUACCGGUUCGUCCAAACUGCUGUACGUUUGCCGUCACGACGCCAUGUUUGUUACUGCCGACGUUACCAACCUGCAAAAGUUAUACGACCAUCACCGAGAUCUGGGGGAAGUGGCUAUUGCUCGGCUGACAUGUUACGGCACCAUUGAGGCUUUUUACAAUAACGAGUCGUUUACAACGUCAUAUUUAAUGAACCAGCCUAUAAUGCGAUUCGUCCAUUCGGACGAUGUGCAACGUUUAUGUGCCGGAUUUAAUCAAGCGGUUCGAUCCACCGUGGCAUCAUUGAAUGUCCGCUGCCAACUUGACUUGUCCUCCCUCGAAAAUCAGGGCCAUGAUUGGUUCCACUUCACUGUUAUCUCGAAUGUCACCGAUCAGAGUCUUUUGUGUGUCAUGAGACGAAUAGCAACCCCGCCAAUCGACCAACUCCAUGUGAUUGCCGACCAGGACUGCCCCAAAGGAAUUUUGGCCACCGUGACGCGUCUCCAAAGCUGUUUAUGGCAAGCCGUCCAAAAAGGCAUGACGUCGGUCGCACAUACCUUGAUGGUCUCCCUCGUGAUUCUCCUGCAGACAUGUGUGCAUGCUUCGCAGCUGCUUGAUUUUACUUCAUCCAAAUAUCGCCUGCGCUUGUUCCAAACGGCGUAUUGGCGACAAAAUGCAUACUUGAUGGAUAUGCUACUAGAUGAAACCAAAUCGAGGCCUGAAAUAGAUCAAUUAUGUUCAUGGUUGGAAUGGUCCGGUGUUGCAUCGCAAACUUCAUCACGAGCGUUUUUGGACUCCGUCAUGAACAAAGCAUCUCACUGGAUUCACCAGCAUUCUAACUUCAUUGUUUAA